AUGCCAGCCUGUUCCAACCCUUCCGCCGACUCAGUGAAAGGAGUCAAAAUCUCGCGAGGCCUGCAAGGCCAAGACGACAACUUAGAUGCCUUAAGCGCCCUAUUUGAGCAGCUCCAGCUACUCACGGUGGAUGCAUCGAACCCCGAGCUAGAUCUGAUAACCUUUGCGCACAGCGCCUAUUUCUUUGGAGUCAUAACAGAGGUGGACGAACUCACUCAACGAAAAUGCGCAGCACCAGAAAGUGACCAAGAAUCGACUUGGUCUAUGGACGAAGAACCAACCAGAACGCCCAAGAGGUGCAGUUCACCGAUAAAAGUUGAAUCAAAUGAUGAGGUUGUUCCUCAUUCAAGCUCGCUGAUUAUAGUACCGCAAAAAGGAUCGUCUGCCGCUCUUGAACCGCCUGCCAUUAAGCCCUUGAACGCCCACGAUAACGGCACCUCGGAUGAGUUGAGCUUGGAUGCGUACUUGGACAAUCAUUACUCGGAGUUUGAAGCACAACAGCCCUCCAGCUCGAAUGCGAUAUCAUCUAUGUGGGACGACUACAAGAUCCCCUCCAACCCCCCAAAGUUUGACCCAGCCUCCCAAGUUUCGCUCUACGACGACGACAACGACAUUUACUCCGAAACCAAAAAUGAAUGGCACUGGACCCCUCCUGCACUGCCUGGCAAAGAGCCCCUAGUUGGCAUCGUCUACCUGACAUCAUCGCAGAACUACGGCGACCUCUUACACGUCGGUGAACUCAACAUCGGGAUCAUUUUGGAACCCGCAUUCAGAAAAAAAGGAUACGCACGAAAAGCAAUCGAAAAGGUUUUAGAGACUGCAUUUGCAGACCAAACAUGUCAUCGUAUUCAAGCUAUCAUCCUCGACAGCUGGGCCAAAGAUAGAGCGCUCAAUUUGUUCAUGCAAUCCCGAUUCGGGCACGAAGGAACACGUCGACGUGCCUUCUUCGGGCCCUUUGACAGUGAAUGGAAAGACACGACCUAUCUAGCCAUGCUCGAUACCGACUGGGUCAUGCGCACCUGCAUCAGUCCCAGGUUCCGCGUUGCACCCAAGUCUCUCUGGGACGAGCUCUUCGCACGCCACCAACGGGAGAGGGAGGAGCUCCUACGCUGGGAAGAGAGGAAUAAUAUUUUGAAGCGCUCUAUUAGCAUGGAAACUGUCCGGAAUAUAGUCGCGCUUUCGUCAGCGUCGACUUCGGCUUCGGAAGAUGAAGCUAUGACUGAUUCCGAGUCUGUCAAUUCUGCCACAGCGAGCUCGAAGCGGGUGAAUGGGAAGAAGAGGCGCAUUGAUGUGGGCGAUUCGUACGAUGCAUCUGCGUCUGAGAGUGAGGGCGAACCUGAGCUGGUCGCUGGCCUUCGUAGUCCUCCUCCAUUGUACGACCCAACCGAAUGGGUAGCCCAGGUCCGGAGUCAUCGAUCAACUAGCCCCGCCUCUUCGCAGUCGGGCGAGUCUGUUCAUUCGGACGGAAGCUACACCACGUCGUCAAGCUCUCCGUGGGAUCAUAUGGAAAGCGCCAGUGACGGCAGUUUAUCUGACUUCGGAUACCAGAUUCUUAACCUUGACUCGGAUGGUGAGGAUGAUGAUGAAUUAUGA